AGGGUAUAUCACUUAGCCUCGUUUUUCUACACGAGUCCCUUCUCUUUUCUCUUGGUAUUGUCAUAACGGAAGUUGUCAAUAAUCUGCACAGCAAGCCCAACAUGAUAAGAUCUACAAUAGAGAUACUGAAAAACGCGUCGCCGACGGCCAUUUCCAUCGCUGGCGCGGUCGUGUUCCUCGCAUUGAACUUGGUUAUCCGUGCAUAUUUGAAUCCCUUGUCAGGCUAUCCAGGGCCAUGGAUUUCAAAGUACACCGGUCUCUAUGAGAAAUACCAAUUCUUAUCAGGGAACAAACCUCGAUAUGUGCACCGUCUGCAUAAAAAAUAUGGCCCUAUCGUUCGAGUCAGUCCAACCGAGCUUGCCAUCUCCGACGCCAGUGCGGCCAAGGAGAUCCAUCGAGUUGGUGGGCGAUUUCUCAAGUCGGAAUUCUACGAUAACAUCGGGCAUCGCGGCGGAAAGACUCUCUUUAACACGACUGAUCCUCAUCGUCAUGCGAUUCGUCGGAAGCUUUUAUCAGCCGGCAUGACUCGUAACAAUCUAGCCCAGUUGGAGCCUGACGUUAUGAAGCGUGUUCGGUUGGCCAUACAGCGAAUGGCUGAGGAGAAAAAGAACCGUGGGGUUAUUGAUGUAUUCAAAUGGUGGACUUUUAUGGCCUCCGAUGUGAUUGCUGAAUUGAGUUUCGGAGAGUCUUUCAAGACGUUGGAACAAGGUCAAGAAACGCAAUUUGUGAAGGCCCUUCAAAAUCAGUCAUUUUUCAUGGCCAUCCGAACAACGUUUCCGACGCUAUUACCAUAUGCCCAACUCAUCCCUUUGCCAAUUUUCAAGGAGGUUCAAGCUGGGGGGCAACGUAUAUUCAUGCAUGCCCGACAGGCAAUUGGCCGAUACAAGACCAUGCUCGAGAGCGGUGUAAGCACUAGAAAAACAUUGUUUACCAACAUUCUCAAGGGGGGACCUGACGGUCUCACUGAACUUGAGAUCAUACAAGAAGCAUGCGGUUACAUCGUUGCCGGCAGUGACACGACUGCAAUUACAUUGACUUAUCUUGUCUGGUCUGUUUGUAAGAAUCCGUCGAUCAGAGAUAAGUUGGUGGAGGAGGUGAAAGCAUUACCGGAAGAUUUCUCGGAAGAACACGUUCGCGACCUUCCAUAUCUAAACCAGGUCAUUAAUGAGGCCCUGCGAAUCCAUUCAGCCGUGCCAAGCGCUUUGCCUCGUAAAGUCCCACCCGAAGGUGCCAAAUUAGCUGGAUACCAGAUUCCAGGAGGCACGACGGUAUCAACCCAGGCAUAUACUCUUCAUCGUGACCCUGACCUCUUUCCUAUCGCUGAAAGCUUCAAUCCUGCUCGGUGGGAGAACCCAACCAAAGACAUGAAACAUGGAUUCAUGCCAUUUGGGGGUGGUAGUCGCAUCUGUAUCGGCAUGCAUCUCGCCUGGAUGGAAUUACUCCUAGGAGCCACAUUAUUCUUCCGCACGUUUCCAAAUGCAAAAGUAUCGAUUCGAGAGGGAAUGUGCGAUGAAGACAUGGUAAUGAAUAUGUAUCUACUUGUAUCGCCAGUGGCGCGCCGUUGUCUCAUUGAGGCAUAGCUAUUCCGGAACCCAGUCUCUUCAACUUAAACAAUUUGGUACGAAAAUUUCGUCGUGAGCAUUGGUGGAAUUCUUUACAACAGCAACCGGGUGGAUAAUUUUGUUAUAUCAUACCAAAUUUGUUAAUCAGAUAGAUUCGGUUAUUAGAAGGUAGCCAUUAUAUGAAGAUAGUGGCUUUCUUUUAAUAAUUGCUUAAAAGUUGAUAAAUGAUUCACACAUACUUGAAUAGAAG